UCGCGAGAGUUCAGACAGCAAUUCUCGCGAGAACCUGUUUCCAGCGGGAAGAUGGCGGCAGCGGGAGCGGCGGCUCCAGCGCCGGACGAGGGAGGAGAGGAAGAGGCUACUCCUCCGGCGGCUCCGGAAUCUACGACCGGGGAGGCCUCGGGCUCAGCGGAGCAGGGGACAGGGGACUCCGAGACCGGGUGAGGCCCGGCGAUAACGGCUGAGGGAGAAAAGCGGGCACCGCCGCUGCUAUUGGCUAGGGAGCCUCGGCUCCCGCCGCCUGCUCCUAUUGGUCGGGGCUCUCGGGCCUUCCUCUCAUUGGUCAGAGCGGUGCCGUCCUGCCCAAUCAGCUGCGUCCGCCUUUGUGCCCGCCCCAACCUUGCAGCGAUUCUCCCUGUGCUUUUCUCGCAGGCGCUGUUCUUGAACCCAGAACCCAUUGCUGCUUCCCAGCCGGGGUUCAUGCUGCCUGCAGACGCCAGCUUUCUGCACUGCCUCCCCCCGCCCUAGGAAUGGGGCUGUACCUGAGCAAGAGAGUUCAGCCAUGGAAUUGCAGGGUCGGAAGGGGGCUCCCAGGGGUCAUCUAGUCCAGCCCUCCUGCAAUUCAGCAAUCUUAACGAAAGCAUCCAGGACAGAUGGUCGCCCAGCCUCUUGCUUAAAAUCCUCCAGUGAAGGAGAGCCUGCCACGCUCCUAGAGAGUUGGUUCCACAUUGAUGGAGCAUCUCCUAUGGGUCAGAAUGUUUUGGUUGGAAUCUCCUUAUUUGCAAUUUGAAUCUGUCGGUUCGGGUCCUGCCCUCUGGAGCAGCGGGAAAUGAGCAUGCUCUGUCAUCCAUGUGGCAUGUGCUCACCCUGCCAUUCUCUUGGCCCUGUUCAGAGAAUUAACAGUAAAGUUAAUCUCCACCUAUGGGUGAGAAAGUUCCUUCCACAGAAACCCGAAAAAGCCGGAGCCAUUCAUUCUAGAUUUAGAAGUUAUCUUAGCUAAGUGGGCCUGUGUUCUGAUUCAUUCUAAGGCCACUUGUUUCCAAGCAUAAUCAAGUGUGAUGUAAUGGCUGGAGCAUCAGGGUGGGGCAGGAGGUACCCAACUGCAAAUUCCCACUUGGCCGUGGAGCUCGGUGGGGACAUUGGGUUGGUUACUAUAAUUAAUAAUAGUUAUUAGUAGUAGUAGUACCCUGCCCAUUUGGCUGGGUUUCCCCAGCCACUCUGGGCGGCUUCCAACAAAGAUUAAAAAUGCAUUAAAAUGUCACACAUUAAAAACUUCCCUGAACAGGGCUGCCUUCAGAUGUCUUCUAAAUGUCAGGUAGUUGUUUAUCUUAUUGACAUCUGGUGGGAGGACGUUCCACAGGGCGGGCGCCACUACCGAAAAGGCCCUCUGCCUGGUUCCCUGUAGCUUUGCUUCUCGCAAUGAGGGAACCACCAGAAGGCCCUUGGCGCUGGACCUCAGCGUCUGGGCAGAACGAUGGAUGGCGACUGCUCGGGGGUCGCAUAACUAUCUCUUGUGUUGCCUAACUCACAGGGUUGUAAGAAUAAAAUCAGGGUGAGGAACCAUAUAGUAAGCCAGUUUAUUUCACAUUUUCCACAGAUACUUUUGCGCUUAAAGCAGUUUGUAGAAAAUAAAGCGGUAGUAGAGUAACACUAAUAAAAAAUUAGUAAGGGAGGCUUGGAGGAUGUUGACAAAUCAGGGGGCCUUCUUAGUUGUGGUUCCCUGUGUGGGGAAUGCUUUAUCCAAUGAAGUCCACCUGACACCUUCACCAACAUUUUUUGACCCCAGGUAAAUACUUCCCUUUUUCCCCCACCCGGUCUUUAGUGUGAGCAGUCUCUCCCCCCCCCCCAAAAAAAUGUUUAUGCCUAAACGCAGAAGAUCAGAAACCCUCUUCCAUUACUAGCUCUGUCCUGAAGGCUCCUAGUGCAGGAGGGUGCAGGAUUUCAAGUGGAGCAGCCAUCCCUGCAUGACAGCCUGUUUUCUCCACUUACAUAUAUGCUGCCUUGAAUGCCGUGAUAGAAAGACAGGGCAUAAACGUAAUGCUGUUGUGCAUGCCUGAUUCAGCAAGUAUGCGUGUGUAAAAGGAAGUUUGUGAGUGCAAUUUCCCUUCCUAGAUCAGAAGCAAGGACAAGAGAUUUGAUGUGCAUGGGCAAUUUUUUUUCAGUGGAAGAGCACAUGUUUUGCAUGCUGAAGAUCCCAGGUUCAGGCUCCAAUUCAGUUGAUAGGUGAUGGGAAAGACCUCCACCUAACACUAGCAGCGAGCUUCUGCCAGUCGUGGUGGGCAGUGCUGGGUCAGAUGGACAAAUAGUUUGACAUGGUAUAAGGCAGUUUCCUUUUUCCUAUCCUGGCCCCUGUGUAUGCUUUCUUGCUCAGGAGGCAGCCAAGUAAACUGUACCAAGGUACCAAAGCUGAGUGAGACUCCUAUCUCAAUGUGCUCUCUGGACAAGCAUCUGACUACUGAGUAUGAGAAGGAUCCUGAUGACAGAGAAACUUGAGAUAGCUCAAGAUUUUCCUUUUCUUUUAAACUUCGUUGAAGAAGCUUUCUGUUCUAGGAAUAAAGGCACACUUCUACAUUUAGGCCUCCUUUUCACUUUGUGGAACUGUGUCAGGUCAGGGUUAAUCUCUGGUUAACAAUAGAUUAAGGUCAGAUAGGGUCAGCAAACUUUUUCAGCAGGGGGCUGUUGCCUGCCUAGACCUUGGGGGAGGAUGGACUAUAUUUUGGAAAAAAAAUAUGAAUGAAUUCCUAUGCCCCACAAAUAACCCAGAGAUGCAUUUUAAAUAAAAGCACACAUUCUACCCAUGUAAAAAACACGCUGAUUCCCAGACCAUCCGCUGGCUGGAUUUAGAAGGCGAUUGGGCUGGCUCCGGCUGCCGGGCCUUACUUUGCCUACCCAUGGAUUAACUACACAGUUUUGAAUGAUGCAGAAUGGCUGAAUGGACAGUAGUGUGGUUUUUGUGUGUGCCUUGCUUUUUUAAUGUAUGUUCUUUUUCAUAGCUGUCCUGCAUAUCAACCUUCCUUGGAGGUUUUAAAGCAGAGGUUGGGUGGCUAUCUGUUAUGGAUGCUUUAGUUGAGAUUCCUGCAUUGCAGGGAGUUGGAUUGAUAACCCUCCAGGUCCUUUACAACUCUGUGAUUCUAUAAUGCAUAAAAAGUGUACGAAACAUGAUGAUUACUUGCUGUGUCCUUCAGGGGGGAUGCAUCCCUGGCCGAUGUCACCGCCACCAUGGAGACCGAAUCUUCCAGUGGAAAGGAUGCACUGGUACGUGAACUGAGUCUACUCUGCUGGGAUACCACAUGCAUGGGGAGAGCUAUGUGCCCUGUGAAUGAACUGUUUGGGGAUUUGGAGGUAGUCUUUCAGUCCCUGGAUGUCAUAUUGGGCACCACAGAACAGUAAUGCAUCCACAAAGCCUGUUAAAGGAGCCCCUGGCAUGAUUAAAGUGCCAGUCGUCGUCAUGUUUGUUGCUAGACUAUUUUGUAGUCAGUGAAGGAAAGGAAGGCAUGUUCUUCAGCUCUCCAAAAGUAAAGCAAAAUAUUCAUGGCACAAAUCUCAUGCACUUCUUAGGCUACUUAGGGAUUGCUGAUGUGUUGUGUUGCAAAGGAACAACAUGGUUAUUAUAAAGGAAUGGGAGAAGAUGAGAAGGUUUUAAAGGUGAGAAUUUUGACUUAUUGGCAGAUUGCCUUUUAACCAGAAGGAUAGCAGCAUACUGGGGCGGGGGGAGGGUUUGAGAUUCCACAUUGCUUACCACUGGACAGAUGAAUCAGAUGAAUUAUGCACUGUUCAUGGUGGGGUUUCUAACACUUUCUAUUGUAACAUGCUUUGUACUGGUUUUUAAAAACCAUCUGCCAAAUUUUUUUUGUUAACUCUGAAAACAGCACCCUAAGGUAAAAUUUGGCCACCUGUCUAUGAAGUGCAACAUCUUUGUCUUUUACUGCUCCUGGAUAGUGGGCUAAAGUGGAUCCAUGUAUUCCUAUCCCAAGGUGGAAAAUUAUUUCAAUGUGGCAUGCUAAUGCAAACCUAGACAAAGUGAAUUCCUGAGCCUCUGUAGGGUUGGUGUGAUCAAAGUUUACCCACAAACUUUUCUUCUCUUAAAUCACUAUAUAGUUUGUUUUUUAUGUUUGUUUGUUUUCCAUCCAAUUUAUACACUUAUGUGACUAGAAAAUUAAAUAAUUGCAUCUUAACACAGGGCAGUCUCUAGUCGACUUACAAUUAAUUUUUACAGCUACAAAGUUGUUAAAAACCAGAAUUUAAACGAUCAAAUUAAUACAUAAAACAGCAGCUUUUAUAGGGUUCUGAAAGUUUGGAAAAGGAAGCUUAUUGUACCAAGAUGUAGAAGUGAUCUCUUUCUGUAUCAUGGAAAACUAAUGUUUAAAAAAGCCUACACUUGUUGCAAUUGUUCUUAAAUGAGAUGAAUGUCAUAACUUGUGUCUUCCAUUCUGGCAAAACUAGCCUAGCAAAAGGCAUUGAAAUGUGUCCAUUAGUGUUGGACUAGGACUGUAGAAAUCACAGCCAUACAGUUCAUGAAAUAAGUUUGGAUCUCUCAGCCCAACCUACCUCAUAGGGUUGUUGUGAGGAUAUAAAGCAGGGGAAGAGCUGUGUGUACCACUUCAAGUUCCAUGGAGGAAGGGUGGGAUAGAAGCAUAAUAGAUGUUGUUCUUAGCUCUUCCUUUGGUACACUUGCACUGAUGUUGUUACAGGAGGGUGUUGGCGACAGUUCUGAAGUUAUGGAUAAUCAGACCGGCUCAGUAGAUGAAGAGAACGGACGACAGCUGGGAGAAAUAGAGCUGCAGUGUGGAAUUUGCACCAAAUGGUUUACGGCAGAAACAUUUGGCAUUGAUACCACGUAUGUAGUAUUUGCAGUUUUUCCUCCUUUUUGAGCCAUGUGAUUCCCGUUUGUACUUGGAUUCUAGUUUGGUCCUCCUAAUAGACACAUCUUAAAGAACUUUCUAAAUGUUCUGUCAAUUUCUGUAUGAAAAGUUUUGUAAUUCCAGAAGAGGGCAGUAUGAGCUCAGCUACCUAAUCGUUUUCUAAAUGUAUUUACUUGGAAGUCAGCACCACUGAAUUCACUGGGGCUUUAAUUUUCUAUGACAGCACAGUGUUAGUUUUUUCUCUCAAAGCAGUGCUUAUAAAACUGCUAGCCACAAAGAAAAAUGCUACCUAAGGUAUUGGGCAGGAUUCACCUAACAGGUCUUGUGUGAGGACUUCCGCUUGCAUCAUAGGGCUUCCCCAUGGCUCUCAUGCCCCCCCGCCAAAUUGGCUCUGGGGCAGCUCCCCCAGAACAGUGCAUGGGGGGGGAGGAGAGGGGAGAUUGUUUUGUCUGGCAGGUUGCAAUGCUUGUGCAGAUGGAAUGUUCAUUAUUGAAAUUUAAAUACUUUAUUGUCACUUGUACAACUUGUAUACAGUGAGAUUACACGAGCACCCCCCACUCAGCUCUCUUAGUACCAGUUUUGUGCGUGAGUAGGUGAAGUAUUGGGAGCUCAGAGCCGCAGCGUAUGAAUGCUAAUGAAUAUAAUUGGAACAAUUAUAGUACGGCAUGGAAUACUGCUCAUUGGCUUCAGUCCUAUACCUACCUGCGAGAAAGCUCCAUUGAAAAUACUGAUCCUUCUCCCAAGUAGCCAUGCACUGAGUUAUGCUGGCUUUAGAAAUUCUAUUUCUGAAUCCCUCUCUUGCUUUUUAGCCAUAUGCCUUUAUAGCUUUUUUUGAAUACGUGUGCAGCAAGGUAUUCUUAACAUAAACACCAAAAGACUAAUAUAUGAUAAAUGAUUUUUCCACUGUAAAAAAUAAAAGGAGGAAACAACAACACAGUAGCAACUGAUUUUCUACACAGAAAUAAUAAUCCCUUAGACAAAACUUUGAUUCUGUUUCGUUGAGUUUUGCAUGUCAUUUUCUUGCUGUCCAUGCUGAACAUUAUUGAAUAGUUCAUGGUACCAGUAAAUAUCAAGUGGUUAAACUGCAGGCUUCCCCAAGAAUUCUUCCAACUCUCAGCUUGUGAAAGAAAUACACAAUAUCCACUCUUUUAUAAAUUUUCAAUUAAUUUAAUCUUAAGCUAAAACCUCGGUUUUAUCUUAGCUGGCGUGUGAUCUGUGAAGCGGCAAACGUUUUAUAGGACUGCUGGGUAAAAUAGGCAUUAGUUUUAUGAUUUCUUUAAGUAAUAUUCUGCUGCCUAAUGAACUUGCUGCAUAAUGAACUGUGGCAGUGACCUUGCUUCUCUGUGUUUGUGUAGCAUCGAGCACACAUAGAACUGUGAAGUGAUAAUAAAACAAAUUGUGCCAAACACAACGCUGUGGAGCUGCAGUCCUUAACCUACUUAAUUUGAGAAAACCCAUCUAUUUCAGUUAUCCUGAGUAUACUGUUUAUGAAUUAAAGUCCUGGAUGUUUACAUUUUUUUUAAUUCCAUGAAAAGUUGAACUCCUAUUUGCUUGCUGGUAUUUCCCUGAAAUGCUGACAACCUUGGCUUAAACUGAGCGAGCAAAGGCUAUUUUGCUGGCUCAUUCUAAAUAAAAGGAUCCAAAGAGGUUGAGCUGAAUUGCAACAUUCCAUGGAGUCAGUAAACAAAGUGGGGCUUGAAAAAUAUUUUUGUAGCUAUGUGAAUUUUAAUGAACUGGUCUUAAAGCUGUGAUUUGUAGGCCGUCUACUCGGCUCACUUGAUCUGAAAUGGAAAGAUUGGUCCCACAAAGUUAGUAUCUUCCAACUCCAUCAUUUGAAGCCAUUCUUUUCCAACUUUGCACUGCAAUGCAGCAACUUUCAUGCACAAAAAGUGAUGUUAACCAAGCAGGGGCUUCAGGUGGCUCAAGCAAGUGAGCCAGCCUGCAGGCUGUGUUGCAAGAUAGCAACCCCCAAGGUACAGUCUCUCUUGUGGGGUUGAGGUGGGAAUUCUUUGCUGCAUUCUGACUUGGCACUUGCUUAGACCUAGAACACAGGAAGCUGCCUUUAUAUCAUUGGACCACUUGCUUAGUAUUGACUAUACUGGGUAGCAACACUCCAGGCAGGGGCUAUGUCAGGAGUUACCGGGGACUGAAACCGGGGUCUUCUGCACAUGAAGCAGAGCCUGUCACUGAGCUACUGCCUUUCCCCAAUAUCUGGAAUAUUUAAAUACAGGUACAUUAUCUUAAGUAGAUUGUAGAUCAGUGCUUGACCUACAGGGAGGUUGGGGUGCGGGCAGUCAGCCUAUUCACCUUUUGUGAUGGCUUCCUUAGCUGCUGUUUUUAGAAGAAUCUGGGGGUGGGAUUAUUUGGCUAAAACGGGAAGAGGUUGAAUAUGGGUCAUAAUUUGAAGAGCAUUAUGCAUAGAUUAGGCUAUAUCUCAGUGUCUUUGUGGAAAGGUUGCAUGAAAUUUUGAUAUAUUUUGUUUCUUAGUUCUGCCUCUCUAGACACUUCAAACUCACCCUAGAACCCAAACUUCAAGAGUGGUUAAAAAUAGGAUGGGGAGGCUUUAAGGUAGUUUUCCAUCUUAAAUCCUUUAGUAUUGUUAGCUCUAAUUCUAUAAAAUUGAUGGGGAUUUUAUUCCUCUGUCAGAAGCCAGUACUCGUUACUUAUUUUAAAGUAAGAAAAGAGCACUGCAUUUUUGUUUUCCAGAGCCUGCCUGCCUUUUAUGACAAACUACAGUUUCCAUUGCAAUAUUUGUCAUCACAGUGGGAACACAUACUUCUUAAGAAAACAAGCAAGUAAGCAAGCAAGCAAGGGGAAAAUGUCUUGUCUUUUAUUUGUUCCUAUACUUCUAAAUCUAUAACCUUCAAAAGGUGGGAUUAUCAUGAUUUCACCUUUUCUCAUUAUGUAUAUGACAGUCUUCAAUAUAACUGUGAGAAUAUCCUCUUUCAUGGCAAAAUGCUAACCUGUUGAAUCUCAAAAAUCCUUGGCUAGAGAUAAUUUCAGUUAACCAUGAUGAAAGGUUUUAUGAUAUGAAUCAAAGACCAUGUUGCCAAAAGCUGCUGAUAACCCAAUCCUAAUAUGUUACCUUGAAGUCUCUACCAAAUGCAGCAGAUUCUAAAAUGCCUCAUGCUUUCAUUUGGGACCAGAUAAAAUAAGUUUUCAAAUUCGUCUAAAGCUGUGCCACUAGAAACUCUGAUUUCACUUAAAUAUUGAGUGUUUUGGUUACCUUUUCUCUCCUUGUUGAUUUUAUAUAAAAAUUGUUCACAGGAAGAGUCAAAUGAGCCAUGGCCCUUAUGUCCGGCCUUUAUGCCAUUUUGAACAAUUUCGAAUCUUCCAUUGUGAGUUUUGUGUGACAUUCCGGGAGACAUCGAGCUAAUUGCCAAAAGCAAAGAGAGCUUGAAGCGUUUCUCAUCUGACCCGGCAUUGUAGUUGCUGCAUUUGGAAGAAAUUCCAGAGCUAUAAGAUGUGUAGCCCACCCAAUUGCUCCCUUCCUGUCAAACUAUUUCACCAGCUCUCUACAUCUUUCCCAAUUCACCAAAAGCCUUUUCAUCACCUGAUGCUUCCAUAAUAGUAGUAUGUUUUGCUUGUGCAGGGCAGCCAAAGAUAGCCUGCUUCAUUUCUGUAUCUGUUCUUUCCCUGAAGAUCUGAAGGAAAUGUGUCUUAGUGCGCUGGCAAACUUAACCUGGCAAUCGAGGACCCAAGAUGAACACCCGAAAACAAUGUUUUCAAAAGAUAAGGUAGGGGGUAAUUGUCACAGUUGUAGCUCUUGCCAUUCUGUAUGCUUUCAAGCACGUGGAAGAAUUUAGGGGACAGCUAAGAUAGAACUCAUCUCGCAGAUACCAGAGGGAAUUUUUGCCUGUGGAGGACGGUUAUGCAACCCCUUAUCUUCCAUAUGAAAUGGUACAGUUCAAAACAGGGGUGCCAUAUCAGUGAAAACUAAACCGUAUCCUUGUACAGUGGAACCUCGGUUUUUGAACAUUAUCCAUUCCGGAAGACCAUUUGACCUCCGAAACGUUCGAAAACUGAGGAUCAAAGGGCUGUUGGCAAAUUAAAUGGGGGGGGGGAUGAGAAACAUGCCUCAGAAGCCAUUUGAUUUCAGAGGUGCAUUCGAAAAAGGAAGCAUUCACUUCUGGGUUUUCAGCGUUCGGCUUCUGAAACGUUUGGCAGCCAAGAUGUUUGAAAACCGAGGUUCCACUGUAUUUGGUAUGUACGUUUGCUAUCCUCACAGAGAGCCUCAAAUUAUCUCCAUUAUUUUAGUUCGUGGAAACUGUCAAAGGCCUUGGUUCUUAACUGUGCCUUCAUCAGUAAUGUGCUUUUUGCGUUGGAAAACACAGAUUAUACCCUGCAAGUUAUGCACACUGCAGUAAGUUUUCAUGGAACUGUACCUUGGUGAAUUUAGUUCAUGUUCUUUAGACUUUGCCCACUAAUAUAUUUUGUCCAGUAGCUUAAAUGCUAGAAAUAAGUAGAUAAUCAUGUAGAUUGGUGAUUCCCAAAUGGUGGUCUGUGUAACCCACCCAGGGGGUCUGUGGCACCAGUCACAUAACAAAAACUACCAUAGAGAUAUCAGAAUUUUCCAAAGUAGGAGGUCCAUGGCUUGACUUCUGAAAAAUGGGGUCUGCAGUACUUAGCUGAUUGGGAACCACUGGUAUAGAUUACCAAGUUUCUUCCCAAAGUCCCAUUUUAUCUGUUUAAUAAAAUACUCUGCCUUUUUUGCCUUUGAUUUCAAACAGGAUAUUAUACCAUUCAUUGAUAAGUAUUGGGAGUGUAUGACGACACGACAAAGACCAGGGAAGAUGACUUGGCCGAAUAAUAUUGUAAAAACAAUGGUGAGUCAUGAUGAUGAUAAUUAAUACCCCACCCAUCUGGCUGGGUUUCUCCAGCCACUCUGGGCGGCUCCCAACCAGAGCCGUAGCUAGGUGAUUUUGCACCCCUGGCAGAACCGUCCAGAUUGCACCUCCUAGCCAUGGACAAAUUAGCUCUUCUUUCUGCCUCUCCUCCAACCCCCCGCUCCACCCAUUCAAUUCACCGUCUAUUUAAAACCAUUUCUUAUGAGUCAGUAAUCAAUAUUUAUAUUUAUGGACAUAUUUUUAGCCUAUUUUGCUCCUGCGCCCCCCCCCCAUCGCCUGCGCCCCUGGCGGGGGCCCACCUCACGAUGCCCUAGCCACAGUCCUGCUCCCAACAGAAGAUUAAAAACACGAUAAAACAUCAAACAUUAGAAACUUCCCUAAACAGGGCUGCCUUCAGAUGUCUUCUAAAAGUCAGAUAGUUGACAUCUGAUGGGAGGGCGUUCCAUAGGCGCCAUUACCAAGAAGGCCCUCCGCCUUGUUCCCUGUAACCUCACUUCUCGCAGUGAGAGAACCGCCAGAAGGCCCUCAGAACCAGACCUCAGUGUCCGGGCUGAAUGACGGGGGUGGAGAUGCUCCUUCAGGUAUACUGGGCCGAGACAGUUUAGGCUUUAAAGGUCAGCAAGAACACUUUGAAUUGUGCUCGGAAGCCUACUUCAAACAUAUGUAUGAAGUGGGACAUAACAAAAUUGCAAAUUUCUUUUUAUUAAAGCUUGGUUAAGCAGCUGGGUUUUUUUUUAAAAAAAAUCAUUGGUUUGAAAAUAUACCUGUUGCAUUACUGUACCCUUUAAUUUUUUAAAAUAAAAUCAUGUCAGCCUCUAUUUUAUCUCAACCACCAUAAGCGCUUGUCUUUAUGGCAGGAAAAACCCCACUACAUAACAUCCCAGGUACUUUUGACUAUGCCAUUAGCACAUGAUUUUGUUUGAAUGUUCUACUCUAGUGUAAAGAAAGGGACGUGUUUUUGGUAAAAGAGCAUCCGGACCCAGGAAGCAAAGAUCCAGAGGAAGAUUACCCCAAAUUUGGACUCUUAGACCAGGUAUGUCAUGGGAAUAAAGUGAGUAAGGUUUAUGCAUUUUUAAAGCACAGUAUGCCUGCAACUUAUGUGGGGGUUAUGUUAUGGGAAUUGCUCCUAAAGCCAGAAUUAUGUAUAGUCAAAAUACACUGGCAAGUGGGAUUUCCAGAGUCCCAGACGCAUGGCCCCUUUAUACCCCUUUUUAAAUUUUGUGAAUUUUUUUUGGCCAAGUUCAUAAAACUGAAUGCGUGCAAGUUAAAUGUGCUCAAGUUGUGGGCUUGCUGUAUCCUAAGAUUUUUUUAAAUGCUCAAAAAAUAGUCCCUGCGCACAGAGUGAUAAUCCAACUGAUACAAGAUGAAAGGAAAAACGGUUGGGGAGGGAAGAAGAAAGUGAGUCUUAGAGCAGCUGUGCCUUUCCUUGGUUGAGAGAUACGGCCAGGUUGCUCCCCGCCCCCUUGCCAUGAUGAUAUUCUUGAGAGGCAGCCUCUCAGUGGCCCUAGGCUUCUGACUGGUGACAGAGGUCAGCAUUGCCCCCCCUUCAGCUCUGCAGUUUCAGGAUAGUGAUGUUUGCUAUCUCAGUUACUUGAUCAUUUCAAAAUAUUGCUGAAUUAUUAUUUGUCAAUGCUUUUGAGCAGGUUGCUUUAAUGAUCUAUUGAACAACAGGAACUUGAACACUUGGGGAGAUGAGGCCCUUUGUCGGACAGAAAUCAUUUGUAUUGUUACAUUUAACAAAUUUACUUGGCACAACUUCAGUCCUAAGCAUACUUAACCUGGGAAUAACCCCAUUGAAUACAGUGGGAUUUCCUUCAGAGUCAAUACGCUUGGUGGGAUUGUGCUUUAAAAGACCUGCUUUAUCUUCGAAAUGCUCAGAUCUUGAGCAGUGAGAUUUGAUCCAAACAGCCCAAGGCAUGUAACUUUUAAUGGUGUGUAUUUGAUUUUUCCUUCUUUUAGGAUCUUGCUAAUAUUGGCCCUGCGUAUGAUAACCAGAAACAGAGCAGUGCUGUAUCUACCACCGGAAGUCUGAAUGGCAAGUUCCUUUUCUUUUCCAAGUGGGGAAAUCUGAAUGGCACAUUUUAAAUUCUCAAGCCCUAACAGCUUCUUCAUUGCUCAAAUGGCAUCGCCUUUACAUGGCAUGUUUCCUUGAAAGUGCCACUAUAUUCAAUAGGGCCAACUCUCCAGUAGCGUCCAUGGGACUGCAGCCAUAACUAGCUUAAUCUUGAGAUACCCUAGAAGUCUUACUAACUGAGAGAUACCCUUAGAAUAUUAAAUUUGACCACUUGGCCCCCCAGAAUUUAGCAAAAUGAAUCUGUGGUUGUAUUUCACUGCAUGCAGCUAUGUUUUCAAGAAUUUGUAAAUGCUGAAAGCUAGAAAUUUCUCAACUCGGAUUUGGAUUCUCUUUUUAAAAAAUUAGCAUGGCUGUGCUCUUGCACAUCUCCCAUUGAUCCCAGAGCAGGCUGUGCAGGCAAACUUUCCAGACGAUUGUGCUUCCUGUAAGCUGAGCCUAAAGUACUGCAGAUCUUGUUCAGGAUCUUCGAUAUAGAUGGGUGUCGUUUUCUGAUAUUUAGCAACUUGCCUGGUUACCGUAGCCGGAAUUCUGUGCGAGCGAGUGGAUGGGCUGCUGGAAGAGGGAGGAGUCACUCAACCUCUUGUCUGUUGCCUGUGGGUUUGCUGCAUUUCCAUACUGGCCACAGAGGGAAAGUGAACCCUUUGAUUUGCUGCCUUCACAGAAAGCAAAGAGGUUCACGGUGCAGAGAUGCCUCCCUCCUCUAUCAGCUCACUUGGUAGAAGUUAGCAGGGGGGAAAUGAAAAUCAGGCAAAUAACUUUUGCAGACUGGUAAUGUGCAGGGCUAAUAUAAGUGUUUUUAUCUCCAUUUCAUGCUGUGGUGUUUUCUUUUUUUCUCUCAUUAAAACUUGACAACUACAUGGUGCAACUUCUGUUCUUUCAGGUGGAGCCUCUUUGGGAGGUGAAUAUUUACUUUUCAGCUUCUUAAAACUUAAGUAUUGUGGUUCACAAAAUCUUUUCUUUCUCUUUUCCUUCCUUUCUUGUUUGCCAAUCAUUUUACAUGCUAAAAAUAAUUAAUCCCAAGGCUGUCAUAUACAUUUAUGGGAGUAACCGUUAAAAGGGCACAUCAAAUUACACAUUAACGUGAAGCAUCAAAAGCUUUAAAGGUCACAUUCUGCCUUUCACUCGUCACUUAAACCACAUUUUCUCCAAGUUUAUUUUAUUCUGCUCACUUGGCCUCUGCUGGGAGGCCUUGAGAUGUCCCUGGCUCUUCAGCCUCAGCAACUGUAAAAUAGGAAUACUGAUAAUCUUCCCUACAGGGUUGUUUCAGGGCAAGGAAACGCUGAUGCCCAUUUUGAGCUGAAACAGUCGAGCUGUAAGGAUAAAUAAAUAAGAAAUGCAUGGGGAAAAUGGCUUUUAAGAAAUUGAUUUGAACAUUUGCACCUUUUGGUUUUCUGCCUAAUUAGAGGUAUUAAAACAAUUACAACUAAAACCAAGCUUGUGCUAACACUGACUUUUGGAUUCAGACAACCAGUUUUUACUUUACUUAUUUGAUGAGCUUUGCUAUAAUCAGUGUAAACUAGGUUGUCCUGAGAAAGAGUUUGUUAUUCUUAGGCUCAGGACACCUUGGCUGAAAUCACUGCUCCGUGUGACAAGUCCCAAUUUCUUAGCCUAGCCUAUUCCUCAGGAUUGUCUUGAGGCUAAAAUUCAUACCCCCAGUGUUUCUUGCUCAGAGCUCAUUGAAGGAAGGCUGGAGUACAAACCUGAUGUUGAUUCCAAAGUCCAGUUUGGGGUUUUUAAAAUGAAAGCUGUUUCUGUUUUCACGGUUUUAGAAUAGGAGCCAGUCAUAUGCUUUCUAAGAGGUUCCCAUUCUGCCGUGCCGAGAGAGAACUGGUUCCCUGGUUUCACACUGAGAAGAGGCACUGUAUAGUUAGAAAGUGGAAGGUCUCUGUUUUGAUUUUUCACCCAAAUUUAGAAAGCUAGAAAAGCAUUUUGAGUCAUGGUUGUGCAAAAUAUAAUACAACCUUCAAAGGCCGCAUUUUCUUUCAUUUCUAGAGAGAUACUGAUUUCAAAGCUUGCUACACUUGUAGUUAUGGCAACUUAUGCUACUAUUUGAAGGUGGUUGUCUGCAGUACAAAAAACUUUUAGCUCUGGGUUCAUCAGGAGCAGGGAGCGUACAUAAUGGAGACGUCUACUGUUGAUGCUCAUAUUUUGUGCACAUCCCUUCAAAUGAAUCCAGAACAGUUCAACACUCAGAGUCAUCUAAAGUGAAUUGGAAUCGCCCUCUGAACAUAAGCAUGGGGAAAAAAACCUUGAGCAGUCACUUCUUCCAUUCCAGUGACUCAGUACAAAACUGGUAUUAAAAGAGACAGUCACAUGCAUGUGGCAACAGUGAAUUUCCUCCAUGUGAUGCAAUGUGUCACGAUUGUGACGAGUUUGGAAACUGAUGGCUUGAUUCCCACGUCACAAACUUGCAGGGUCUCAGAGAGGAGCACAUAGCUGCUUUUUGCGUCUUCACUGAGCUAAGCCAACGUUUGGUUGUUAUGUUGUCCAGGCCUGGCCUUGUGAUUGAGCUCCUUCCGGACUACUGUCGUGUACUCAUGUACUUUUUGAGUCACGCUUUUGGGAGCACGCAGGCUUGAUAGCCUCACAUAGAGGGACAUGGGUUCUGUCUCAUUUCUCAUAAAAACCACCCCAAAAUAUGUUAUGGUACAGGUAAUCAACAGUUAAAUAAUUUUUAGUAUGAUUCCUUUGGCAAUCUUCUUUGGCACCUUUCAGUUUGCUAGCAGCUUUUUGUAGUGUAUACAGCUGUUUAUACCUUCUCCAAGUCCUAAAUGGUCUGAGCCCGCCAUCUCCAAUAUUGCUGCAAAUGCUUCCCCCACAAAGUAGAUGCUGUCGUUUCACUGGCGCACACACAGGUGCAUACAUACCUGCAAGGCCCUUGGAUAAGCAAGCACAAGAAGGGGCGGGGGGAGACUCGCAUGGACUAUCAAGCAGUUGGUACCACCAACGAUCGGUUUCUAACACUGCAGAGAAACAUCUUGUGCUUUUGGUUUUUCUAGUUUGCUGUCUUUGAGUGGCGGAUGCUUAUAGUUGAUGCGGAGAUUGUGUGUCCAAGUGUAUCUUAACUAUUUUGUGCAGUGCUCAAAUUACAGGGGGACUUGAGCGGGUGGCCAUCUUACCUUUUGUGUUGGUCCCCAUAGUACAGUGGUGCCUCGCAAGACGAAAUUAAUCCGUUCCGCGAGUCUCUUCGUCUUGAGGUUUUUUCGUCUUGCGAAGCACGGCUAUUAGCGGCUUAGUGGCUAUUAACGGCUUAGUGGCUUUAAGAAAAAGGAAACAAACUCGCAAGACGAAACGUCUUGCGAAGCAAGCCCAUAGGGAAAUUCGUCUUGCAGAACGACUCAAAAAACGCAAAACCCUUUCAUCUAGCGAGUUUUUCGUCUUGCGAGGCAUUAGUCUUGCGGGGCACCACUGUAAUUGUUUUUAGAAGAUUGCCCAGGUCAUGGGAAGGCUUUUUUGUCAAAACCUGAAAGGCGUCAUGGUGUAAGGGUUGUGGGUUUCAUUAAGGAUCCCCUGACUUUUUCUCCCCAUGAUUUGAGCACUGAUUUUGUGUAGUGUUGAAAUGAAUGACAAUUUGAUUGUAGCUUAUUUAUUCCUCCUCCUCUUCCCUUACUGACUCAAUUCCCUUUUUCAUUUUAUGUGUUUUGAAUCUCCAUGAAAGGGAUGGCAAUGACUGGCUUUUAAAUUAAUACGUGCCUGGUGACACUUGAUGUGUUAAGGUUCUUCUUUCUUAGUCAAAAUGCCGCUUUGAUUGAUGCUAUACUUAGUACAGUCCAAGAAGCAAACAAAAUGUAAACAGUUUUAGAUAUGAAAAUUCUGCUUCUGCUUGAAAAAUGUCUGGUUUUGUUGAGAUUCAAACGCAUCCAGGGAAUGUUGAAUUGAUUCAUUCUCUCUCUCUCUCUCUCUUUGAGUUGUAUCUUCAAAUGACAGACAUGUUUGUGGCAUUUUCUUCCCCAAGGGGGUAUUGUGGCAGGAACUAGUGGGAAAGGAAGAGGUGCCAAACGCAAGCAGCAAGAUGGAGGGACUACAGGUGCAACCAAGAAAACCAGGAGGUAAGAAGGAAGGAGAUUGUCUUUAGUAUGCAGAUAAUCAGGGAAAGGGAGUAACUUUUUAAAUAAUUUAUUGACUACUGUUGUAUAUUACUUUUGUGCUAAACUACACAAGAUGGUUCAGUUUAAACAGUAGAAAAUAGGGGAAAGUCUGUGAUAAAAGAAAAUGCCAGGCAUUCUAGCUGGUGCAAAAUGCAGCCCCAAAAUGCUAGUAGCAGGGACGCGGGUGGCGCUGUGGUCUAAACCACUGAGCCUAGGGCUUGUCAAUCGGAAGGUCGGCGGUUCGAAUCCCCGCGACGGAGUGAGCUCCCGUUGCUCGGUCCAUGCGCCUGCCAACCUAGCAGUUCGAAAGCACGUCAAAGUGCAAGUAGAGUUCCCCGGCGGGAAGGUAAACGGUGUUUCCGUGCACUGCUCUGGUUUCGCCAGAAGCGGCUUAGUCAUGCUGGCCACAUGACCUGAGUGCCGCAACCCCAGAGUUGUUCGCGACUGGACUUAACUGUCAGGGGUCCUUUACCUUUACUUUUACCUUUACCUUUAGAUGCUAGUAGCAGCCAGUAGAUUGAAUAUGUGACACUACUUUUGAACCAGUUGGACUGUGAUAAGGCCAGAUUCCCAUAAAGACCAUCUGCCACAAUUUGGCACUGCCUAUGAUCUGGGUUAAACCUCAGCGCCUAGGACUUGCCAGUCGCAUGGUCAGCGGUUCGAAUCCCCGCGGCGGGGUGAGCUCCCGUCGUUCGGUCCCAGCACCUGCCAACCUAGCAGUUCGAAAGCACCCCGGGUGCAAGUAGAUAAAUAGGGACCACUUACCAGCGGGAAGGUAAACGGCGUUCUGUGUGCUACGCUGGCCACGUGACCCAGAAGUGUCUUCGGGCAGCGCUGGCUCCUGGCCUUUAGAGUGAGAUGAGCGCACAACCCUAGAGUCUGUCAAGACUGGCCCGUAUGGGCAGGGGUACCUUUACCUUUACCUUUACCUUUACCUUUACCUAUGAUCUAAUAUCUGCCCCGAGGUUCUUUGUAUGCCCACUGUAAAAUAAAUUGAGUUGGCAAGCCCACAAGAAAUGGCCUUCUCAGUGGUGGCCCCACAGCUGCUAUUGGGUGACAGAGAAAUGGCAGAACUACUCAACACCUACUUUGCCUCACCCAAAAGGAAAGCAAUGCCCAACCUGGUGAUAACACAAUAAAUGAUGCAAGGAAGGAGCUGCAGCCCAAGAUAGGAAAAGAGGUAGUAAGGGAACACCUAGCUACUUUAAAUGUAUUCAGAUCUCCAGGGCCUGGUGGUGGUCUCUCCUUCCUUGGAGGUUUUUAAACAGAACUUGGAUGGCCGUCUGUCAUGGAUACUUUAGCUGAGAUUCCUGCAUUGCAGGGGGUUGGACUAGAUGACCCUCGGGGUCCCUUCCAACUCGUAAGAUUCUGUGAUUCUAAAGAUUGUACAAUUCAUUGCAAAUUUAAAAGUGCCGUAUAUAUUUUCUUAGGUGAUCUUUGGGGUUUGAUAUGCUCUGUUUCGUGCCUGCCUUUGCUGCAGUUGUUUGCUUGGUAAUUUGGGGGGAAGUAUCCUGCAGUGUUGAGCAUGCUUCUGAAACGAAAAGCCAAAUACUUGAUGAUGCACUCUUUGGGGGGGAGGGGGCUUCCUUCUUACAUCUAUAUAAGUAAUAGCAAAAGCAGGGCAGGGGCUCAGGGAAGAGAAAUGUUGUUGAAUGACCAACUUUUUUUUCUUACUUCCCAUCAGCUGUGCUUCCAUAGAUUUUCAAUUCCUCUUUCUCCAUUUCCCAGCGAUCCUAUGUUCUCCGCCCAGCGUCUUCCGCCCCACGGGUACCCGUUGGAACACCCCUUUAAUAAAGAUGGAUACCGUUACAUUUUGGCUGAGCCUGACCCUCAUGCCCCUGACCCAGAGAAGCUAGAGCUAGACUGCUGGGCAGGCAAGCCUAUUCCUGGAGAUCUCUACAGAGCCUGCCUGUACGAACGAGUCCUCCUGGCUCUGCAUGACCGAGGUACGGAAUAGAGUUCUUUCCACACUUAUAGGUCAAGGCUGCAGGAGAUGUAGCACUGGUGCAAAACUGGGAUAGAUUUUCUACUUCUUAACCACUGUGUUGCUACAGGCUACCAAGAGUGUUCUGCACAGACUUUGCAUGUCUGUGUGACAUUUACAGGACGCGGGUGGCGCUGUGGGUUAAACCACAGAGCCUAGGACUUGCCGAUCAGAAGGUCAGCGGUUCGAAUCCCCAUGACGGGGUGAGCUCCCGUUGUUCGGUCCCUGCUCCUGCCAACCUAGCAGUUCGAAAGCACUUCACAGUGCAAGUAGAUAAAUAGGUACUACUCCGGUGGGAAGGUAAAUGGUGUUUCCGUGCGCUGCUCUGGUUCACCAGAAGCGGCUUAGUCAUGCUGGCCACAUGACCCGGAAGCUGUACGCCAGCUCCCUCGGCCAGUACAGCGAGAUGAGCACCGCAACCCCAGAGUCGGUCACGACUGGACCUAAUGGUCAGGGGUCCCUUAUGGCUUAUAUGGUGACAUUUACAAUGAUGAUGUUGAUAAUGGCAGCAUGCCUAACUUGACUCCACAUGGUGUCACAAGUCAGCACCCAUCCCCUGGCUAUUUCUGCUUCAAAUAUCCAAGCUGGAGAGGUGGUGUGGCCCACAUUGAGAGGAAGCUGAAGGAUUCAAAAUGGCAUCCUGUAACAGAGGCAAAGGUCUCCCUGGGAUGUCUGUGUGCACACACAUUACUUUAAAUCUCAUUCCACAGCGUCAGUCUACAGUGUGCUGCAGUUUAGUUUGUUACCCAGUGCAGAGGAAUGGGUGCUGAGCUCUGUAUCUGCAGCCUCCCUACCCGUCUGCAAGUAACAACAAGAAUAGACUCAAGUUGCACAGAUAAGACUGCGGCCUCAAACAGCCGUGCUCUGCACAUAAUUUUAAAAGCUGCCCUUGAAGAAACUUGAACUGGUCCAAAAUACAGCAGACAGAUUACUGACAGGAGGUCCUUUUGAAACUCAUAUAACCCAUUUCUCUUCAGCGUUUUAAGCCCUAAAUGACUGAAAGAUCCUUUCCUACAGACCCUCUCAGGUGUUAAGAUCAGUAGAGGGGGCCUUAUUGGUAAUUCCACCACCAUCAGAAAUUAAGGGGUUGUUGUGGCCCAGAAGAUGGCAUUUUCUGUGGAAACUCCUGAGGAAUUGUGAAAUUCCUCAGAGGGGUGUGCCUGGCACCUUCAUUAUAUCAUUUCUGAUGAAUAGACCUCAGACCUGUGUUUUCAGAACCCACCUUACCCCUGUGACUGCAGUUGGUUUUCACUGAGUUUAAUAUUGAAUUUAUAAUUGUUGUAACCCGCACUGAGACAUCAUGAUGAUGAUGAUGAUGCAGAUGCAACAGAGAAGAGAUCUUAGAACAUUUCAGUCCUUGGUGCUUGCUUCACUUGCUCACAGUUGAUAAUUUAAACACGCAGAAGGCUUUAAGUAUUCUUCCUCUCUCCCUAACUCCAAAAAGUGAAGAUAUAGGGAACCCGGCAGAGCGCCUUCUUGGUAGUGGUGCCCACCCUGUGGAACGCCCUCCCAUCAGAUGUCAAGGAGAUUAUAACCUUUAAAAGACAUCUGAAGGCAGCCCUGUAUAGGGAAGCUUUUUAAUGUGUAAUGUUUUAUUAUGUUUUUAUAUAUGUUGGAAGUCGCCCGAGUGGCAGGGGCAACCCAGUCAGAUGGGUGGGGUACAAAUAAUUUUUUAUUAUUAUUAAUUAUUUACAACAACUGCAGCUCCCCAAUUGAAGAUCUCAGAUGACAGAUUGACAGUCAUAGGAGAAAAAGGCUACUCCAUGGUACGAGCCUCACAUGGGGUGCGGAAAGGAGCCUGGUACUUUGAGAUCUCUGUGGAUGAGAUGCCUCCUGAAACAGCUGCCAGACUUGGUUGGUCUCAGCCGCUAGGUAAGCCCGCCGGCCCUGCGCUUUAUUUACUGACAUUUAGUACCUGGCCUUUCUCUCAUCAUAGAACUCCAAGGCAAUGUGCUUUGUUGUUGUGUCGUUUAGUUGUGUCCGACUCUUCGUGACCCCCUGGACCAGAGCACACCAGGCACUCCUGUCUUCCACUGCCUCCCACAGUUUGGUCAAACUCAUGCUGGUAGCUUCGAGAACACUGUCCAGCCAUCUCGUCCUAUGUCGUCCCCUUCUCCUUGUGCCCUCCAUCUUUCCCAACAUCAGGGUCUUUUCCAGGGAGUCUUUUCUUCUCAUGAGGUGGCCAAAGUAUUGGAGCCUCAGCUUCACGAUCUGUCCUUCCAGUGAGCACUCAGGGCUGUGCUUAAGGUUCCCAAAUAGUCCCCCAUCUUGGCGCUUACCAGGCCUGCUGAGUAAGGUUGCUGCAUCAUACGCCUUCAAGCCUUGCUGUGGGAUCCAUUCUAGGAUCUCCAAAGGGCUGUUGCAUCAGCGCAGCUAACACAAUGGCAGUCCUCUGGGGACUGAGGCAUGACUCUUCCUGCUUGCUUGCCCUCACAGCAGGGCUGCCAUGGUACAUCACUGCAGGCAAGGAAAUCUGGGCCAGCACUGCCACCUCCCCACCCAGGUAGAAAUUGGCGAUAAACUUUUGUCGUCAUUCCUUCUCCCCCUUCCCAGGAGACCUCUGACUAUAUAUAGAUAGCAUGUAAGUCCAGGCAGGUACCUUAUUGUGAACCUCCGGUUUUCUGCAGGAAACCUUCAGGCUCCCCUUGGCUACGACAAGUUUAGUUACUCCUGGCGCAGCAAGAAAGGCACCAAGUUCCACCAGUCAAUUGGUAAACAUUAUUCCUCAAGCUACGGCCAGGGAGACGUGCUUGGUUUUUAUAUCAGCCUUCCAGAUGAAACCGAAACUGCCAAAUCGCUACCAGAUACUUACAAAGAUAAGGUAAGGAAGGGGUGUGCACUUUUAAAGGGGAGACUUGAGCCAAUCUUUGACCUUGAUCACUGUGUGAUCUGUCCUGAGAAUACAUAUGCUAUAAUAAACUAUUAUAGUAGACUCCUCGGGUCUCUUACUAAGCUCUAAUACAUAUUUGGACUAGGUAGUUCCAGUCCUUCCGCUUCAUGGCAAAAAGGCUGAAUGGGAAAGGUACAGAAGGUAGCAUUUUUUGGUGGUCCAUCUAUUCAAGUACACACACUUUUCGUUUUUGCCUUGCCUUGCUUUUCUCACAGUCCCAUUGUGCAUUCCUGGUGUUACCACCUCAGCCUCCGAGUCUCAAGGACCAACUCACUGAAGUGUCUAGAGUUCCACACAGGAUUUGGCAAGCGUGAGGUUUUCUGCCUCAAUAGCCAGUGUUUGUGCUUCACUAUUUUAGUUGCGUUUUUGUGCCUUGACUAGGUGUUUGUCCUACUCCACUGCUUACCUUCUUAGGCUUUGAUCAAGUUCAAAAGCUACUUGUACUUCGAAGAGAAGGACUUUGUGGAUAAAGCUGAGAAGAGUUUAAAACAAGCUCACGGAAGCCAAGUAAGUUGGCGUUUGGAAGGAGAAGCCUGCAUGCAAGCCCUGCCCAAUAAAGGAGAACUGCAAGCCUCCUCGUGUGAUCCCUGUCUGUCUCUUUUCAGAUAAUCUUCUAUAAAAAUGGUGCCAGCCAAGGAGUUGCAUACAAAGAUAUUUUUGAAGGUGUUUAUUUCCCUGCCGUCUCUCUGUAUAAAGGCUGCACGGUAUGUACCAGUGGGAGGCUGAUCAUGAGUUCAUCUGAUAACUCUUGGAUUUGAAACAAAGCGUGUCGUCUGGAUCCUUAACAAAAACCAGGCCCACACUGGCAUGAACGUUAGCUGUGUGCUUGUGGUAAGCAGGUGUUUCCAGCUUUUCACAGUUGACAGGUCCAGGUGCUAACGUGCAGGUGCCAGAUUCUCCCUGGCCUCUCUUCCUCACCACCUGUUUACACCAGUGCCAAGGGCUAAGGGGCCUGGCCCCGGGAUACUCUCUCCUCUGGCUGCCCAUUUGGUUUCUACGCCAGUGGGAGGGCCCUGUUCCUCUACCAGCCUGUUCUCUGGCCUGCAUGGAGAUCUUUGUCACUUUAUGUCUUCCAGACUAGCACUCAUUUUCAAUUGGUUUUUUUCCUUCAGCUUCCCUAAAGGAGGUAUUUAAAUUGUGCUUACCGUAUUUUUCGCCCUAUAGGACGCACUUUUUUACCUCCAAAAAUGAAGGGGAAAUGUGUGUGCGUCCUAUGGGGCGAAUGCAGGCUUUCGCUGAAGCCUGGAGAGCGAGAGGGGUCGGUGCACCGAACCCUCUCGCUCUCCAGGCUUCAGGAAGCUCUGCGCAACCCUCGGGAGACCGGCUCCGAUGGCCACGCAGAGCUGCCUGCAGUCCCGGGCUCAGCCAAAAAACUAGGUGCGUCCUAUGGGCCGUUGCAUCCUAUGGGGCGCAAAAUACGGUAAUUGUCUACUUGCGCUCCCCCACCCCAAAAAAAAAAUUUCUUCAUUUUCCUAUUUUACUAGCAGUUACCCAGACUCACCGAGCCUGUUAAAAUUUCUAUGAAGUAUCCUUAUCAACUGGGUGUCUUUCAUAGCACCAUUUCCCCCAAUAGCACUAAACUAAUAGGUCCUUUUCCUUUUAUAGGUUUCUAUAAACUUUGGACCCUACUUCAAAUAUCCACCAAGAGAUAUCAGUUACCGCCCGGUAAGUAGAAAUAUGAGAAUGAUUUUGGCAAAUGACUUUCUUGGGCAAUGGAAACUUCAAAUCUUUGUGUGUUGAGAGUCUAAGAUUCUGUGUAUUUUUUUAAAAAAUAAUCCAGAUUCACUGACCCAGAAACCUAAAUUUCAGCAUUAGGAGUAAAAUAUGAGAAUUAGACCAAGGAUGUUGAGCUACAGGGAUGAAGGAAGGAAUAUGUGAUAAAUGAAACAAUAUCCCACACCAUGUCGUGUUCCUAAGCAUUUGUCAUGAGAGCUAGAAACCUAUAAUUGGAGCUUGAUUCCAAGGACUUGUGGCAGUUGCCAGAUUCUUUAGCCAAUAACUCACUCAGCCAUGCAGAAUUCCUGUGUGUACAUAAAGAUGCAGUCAUGCUCAGAGUAGACCUAUGGAAAUGUAUGGCUAAGGUAGGCCUAUUCAUUUCAGUGAGUUUUGCUCUGAGUAAAUGUUAGUUGGAGUAAAUGUUAGUUGGAUACAAUUCAUUCACUUCAGAAACACUGAGCAAAAUUGGCUCUGGAUUAUGAUUGAAUUGCCACUUUAAAAGAAGCACAGAUUAGGUGUUACACUCCAGGCCAGCUCCUUCCUUGACCCCAAAGAGUGUGUGUUUGUGACAGGCAGUUUUCAUUGUAGGGUUAGGUCCCUCCUUGUGUUGCUGGACCUCAACUCUCACUGUCCCUGACUGCUCUGGCCAACAGGAGUUGAGUCCAGAAAAAUCUGGAUUCUCAAUGCUUGUUUUAGAGGAACACUCCUUGGAUUACGAUUGUUUUAAGAAUCCCAUUUCAGUUACCACCUGACGGGGGGAAAGUUUGGGCUUUGCCAGGGUAGGUGUGCAACAGGAAUUGGGAAUGGGUGGCCCUCCCAUUAGCUGCUGCCAGCAUAACCCAUUCAUCGAGAAAUGAUGGAACUUGCAAGAUCUGCAGGACCACAUGUUAUUUGCACCUGAUACAGAAACCUGGAGCAUGCAGGCCAAAAUACUACUCAUCUCCAUUACUCUUUCCAAUCCCCAUUGCAACAGGCCUGUUUCUCAGUCGUAGGAGCCACUUGCCCACAGAGCCUCUGUUUUCUGCAUCCAGACCCUGGUCCAAGGCCUCCAGGGCUAAUUCUGAUGGAGAUACAGCAGCAGAAAAAUAGAGCUGAUAGUCACCAGAUGGUCCUUUGCCCCAGUUCUCCUGCUGAUCACUUUUAGUGCCUUCAUACAGAUACUAAAUAGCACUGGAAAUGGAUGGCCCAUCGGUCUUCUGCUGCUGCUUUUUUAUCAUCUGUAGUUUCACUUUCACCAGAACGUUUGGUUAAUUAGAUGUUGUUGAUGUGCAUUAGAUGCUUAAUUAAUGGAAAGGCAGAAUUUAAAAGUUCAAAAUAAACUAUGGAUGGGGAAGCUGUGGCCCUCCAGACAUUUGAUUUCAGCUUCCAUCGAGUUUCAGCCAACAUGGCUAAUGGUCAGGGAUGCUUGGAGUUGUAAUGCAAGAAGACAGGUCCCCUGAGAUUGCUGACUUCUUCUCUCCCACCCACCCCCCUUCCUUCUCCACAGAUCAGUGACAUGGGCUGGGUCGCUGUGGUGGAACACACACUGGCAGAUGUCCUCUACCAUGUAGAAACAGAAGUUGACGGGAGGCGCAGUCCACCUUGGGAACCUUGAAAGACAUUGUAUAUAUUGGGUUUUUUGGUUUUUUUUGUUUUGUUUUUACAAAAAAAUAAACAGUAUCACUUGAUGUAAAGUGGAAAAGAAAUAAAUUUUGGGUUGGUUUUUUUUUUAAAUUUCUGGACUAAUUGCCGCUCUCUUAAACCUCCAGUGGAAUGCUGGCUGAAAAUGGGGAGGGGAGAUGGAGUAUCCUGAAAAGGGACAUAGCUGGCUGGUGGGAAUCUUGAACAGGCAUAGCACACAUGGCAAGGCUUUGGUACGAGUCCCAGUUGUAGGUGGCAGUAGAGGGGUCCCGUUUAUCAGACGUGGAUACAUGCUUCAGUCAGAACAACAGUGGUUUGCUCAGACAUAAAUUCCUGAGCUGCAAAGUGAAGUCGCAGUAGAGAGGAAAGGAGGAGGAGGAACUUGUAUGAUUUUAAUACUACUCUUGAAUGCUGAGAAUUCCUGCUGAGAAUCUGAGGGUCCUGCUCCUGCCUCCCUCCACCAGGCCUAGUGUGGGGCCUGACAGGCUACAAAAGGACUGCUGCUGCCCAGCAGAGCAUUCUGUUUACAUUCCUUUAAGCUGCUUUUUAAUUGUAGUUUUUCAUUUUUUAAAAAAUUGUUUUAAACUAUUUUUACGUGUGUGUGUUUUGGCAGGAGGGGUUAUUUGGCUGUCUCUGUUUAUAUUUUGAUUAUAUAUUUUGUGUUUUUAUGUUGUAGUUUUAUCUUGUGAACCACCCUGAGACUUGCUGGUAUAGGGCAGCAUAUAAAUUUAAUUAAUAAUAAUAAUACAAGCUGUGCAGUAUGAACUAGCAGAUAACAUUUGAGAGAGGUUGCUGUAAAACAAGUUUUUUCACUCUGGCACAAUAUGCACUUUUACAAAUGUUUAAUUCUCUCUCACAGAGUGUUUGUUGUGGGGGAGGAAGGGAAAGGAGAAUGUUAGCCGCUUUGAGACUCCUUAAAGGGAGUGAAAGGCGGGAUAUCAAAUCCAAACUCCUCUUCUUCUUCUUCUUCUUCUUCUUCUUCUUCCCUUUUACCACUGAAGUGUCAUGGAGAUGGCAUUAUUUGCUUGCCUUGGGAGAUAAGGAGCUGCCUGACACCAUGUACUCCAGUAUUCCCCAUUCCAUAAUGCUUCUCCAGGAACUCUGGCAGAGGUCUUGCCCAUUGCCUUCUUAGCUUACUGUUCUUUUAACUAGAGGGGCAGGGUUAGUCCUCUCCAAACUGCUACCCUGCAGGUGCUGUGGACAACAGCUCCCUUCGGCCUGGCCAUCGGUCCUGGCGGCAGCGGUGAUGUAGUCUAGAACAUCUGGAGGGUGGCAGGUUGCGAAAGCGUGCGCUAGGGAUGAACCUGCAAAGUGAAAGUGCUCUGCCACUGAGCUUUGGACCCAGAUGGUACAUUGGCCAUCCACGUUCAGAAGCUGCAAGCUAUAGAACAGGGAUGAGGAACCUGUGGCUCUUCAGCUGUCAUUGGACUCCAGAGCCCAUCUUCCAUAGCAGUUGUCCAUGCUACCAGGGGCUGAUGGGAACUGGAGUCCAAUAACAUCUGGUUGGUCACAGAUUCCUGUAGCAUACAAAAUAAAAUUCCUUUAUCCCUCUCUGUCCUAAUCCACUGCCUGGGUCAUCCCUGAAUCAGGGGCAGACCUUUUCAGUUACAUGAGCUUCAAAAGUCUUAAUCCUGUAGCCAAAAAAGAGAGCAGUGACGUGGAACAUUUUAAAUCAUACUUUUAUUUUCAGAAGUACAUAAACUUUCAGCACAGUUUUCUGCUACUCUUGUUAAAUACAAUUUUCAGUGUCUCAGAUCAAAGAAGCUGUUAUUCAUUUUCACCUGGCAUCAGUGUCUAAACACACAAAAUCUUUACACUGCAUGAUCUGCCAGUUUUUGAAAAGAUGUUAACCAAGAAUGCAAGAGUAAAACAGAACAGGCUUUUCAUGUUUAAUAUACCUGACUUGAAUAAAUAUUAAAUAAACACUUUGUCCAAUUGCAAACAAGGGAAGAAGAUACCUACAGAGUUUGUUUUAAAAAAAAAAAAAACUGGUUAUGAGUAAUGACAUAUUCAAGGGUUCUGGUAGCUGAAAUGGUAAAAUCUAUUGUGAGGCUGGAUAAUGUGCCAACGCCAAGCCUGAGGUCAGACUUUGGGGAUCACAGAUUCAUAAAGUGAGUUUAGGAGCAUACCUAUCUUACUUUAAGCCUAACAACAAACAAUAUGGAAUACAUAUUUGCAUUGAAACUAAUUUGUUUUUAAAGUAAGUCAUCGACCAGUGUGAGGCUGCUAGUUACUGAGAUUUGUGUUUGUGUGUUUUAACUGCUCGCCUGCUAUGGUCCUGAAGAAUAUAGUAAGCUGCCUUAUGCUGAACCAGACCCUUGGUCCCUCUUAGCUCCAUAUUGUCAACACUGACUGGCAGCGGCUCUCCAGGAUUUCAGACAGAAGUCUGAAAUUAGAUUAGAUGUAGAACUAUCUGCAUGUAAAGCAAAUGCUGUCCUACUGAGCUUAUUGCUCUUCCCCUAAAACACAAGGGGGUGAAUACAGUGCAGUCAACCAAAGCUCGUACAUGUGGACAGGGAGAAGGAGGAAGGGCCUUGGCCGGAGAGCCAAGAGGCUGGUGGGGAAACAGGGAUGCUACAAAUGCACUAUUUUUAUUCAGCAGGGUCUUGCUCCGUGGCUACACAGAGCUACAAAGGAUGGUUAGCAGUUAGUCACUUGGUUUUAAUGCACGGCCUGCUGUUACGGACAUCUAAACAAAACAAGCGCCUUGCUACCAAGCCUACUAAGAUGAAGGGUGAGUUCAAACUGCAUUGAUCUACCGUGGUACCUCGGGUUAAGAACUUAAUUCAUUCCGGAGGUCCGUUCUCAACCUGAAGCUGUUCUUAACCUGAAGCAUGACUUUAGCUAAUGGGCCUCCCGCUGCUGCCGUGCCACCACUGCACGAUUUCUGUUCUCAUCCUGAAGCAAAGUUCUUAAUCCGAGGUACUAUUUCUGGGUUAGCGGAGUCUGUAACCUGAAGCGGCUGUAACCCGAGAUACCACUGUACUUGCGUGUUGGACAUAGGUUACAGCCAGCAUUGUUUGGCUCACGCCCAUGUCCCAUCCUUGGAGAUACUUUGCCCUGCUGUUCCUGGUUGCUGGUGCUGCCUUUUUCCCUGUGAGAAAGCAACCUCUGUAGGCCUUGUUCUGGUGCAGAAGGGCCUUCCGGGGGGGGGGGGGGGAGACACAUGGGGAGAGGCAGUAGUGACACUGGAGAAAGUAGGUGUACUCAGGGUGGGAGGCACAUGCAGAGACGAGGAGAACAUCUUGCACAGGUCUCCCUGGGAACCUGGAACAGGCACUGGCUCUUUUCUGAUCCCAUGUACAAAGGCUUUCCAAUAGGCUGUCACUAUGGGCACAAUACUUAAGAGAGAGUUAGGAACAUAGGCAGCUAAGAUGGAGUUCCGACUCCACUGUUGGCAGGAGCUUGCCUCUGAAUGCCAGCUUCUGGGAACUGCAAGUAUGGAGAGUGCUUUUGCGCUGAGCUUCUACUUGCAGGCUUCCCAGGGGCAUCUGGCUCACCGCCAUGCCAGCAGGAUCCUAGACCUAGAUGGGUCUUUGGCCUGCUCCAGGAGGGCUUUCCUUACGCCCUUCCAUUGCACAGUAAGGCGGAUAACUUGUCCAACUAGCCUAGCCUUCUUUCCUCUCGCUGGCAGUGCUUCUCUGAGAUCUUGGGCAGCGGUCUUCCAUGUCACCUGCUCCCUGAGCCUUUCUCGUUUAGUUGGCAGGUCCAGGGACAGUGCAGGAGGCCUUCUGCAUGCAAGGCAGCAGCUCUGCCACCCAGCUGAGGUUCCCUCAACCAGUCAGUUCAGCAGAGGCCAGCUGAGUGUAAAAUCGGAGGUGUUGCAUAAACACAGAUUCACGAACUGGCCCAAGCAGACUGAUUCUAAAUCAGGCAUGGAGAAGCAGUGCAGUGGGUAGAGCGCUGCCAGAUUAGGCUGCAGACACCCUGCUUCAAAUCUCAUGCAGUUCUGAGACACUCUGGUGGACCCUGGGCCAACUGCUACCUCUUGGGGUUUCUCCAGGCUGUUACUGUUUUGUAGGAGGGAUUCAAGUGCAUACCUGGGAAUUCAGGCUUGUUCCAAUGAAGUGAAUUAAAUCAGGAUGAAUGCUGACUGUCACCACCCCAUAAACAAGUCUAGAGGAAUGCUUGGUAAACUUUGUGCAAGCAAAUCAAUAAACAGGCUGCAAUGGAGGAGCCCUUACUCAAGCCUAACCCACCAUCUUAUUAGGAGGGGGGAAACGGGGGGAACAUGCAUACCCCAUGCUCUUGGAACAAAAGGUGGGACAAUAAAUGCACUAAAUUAAAAUAUAAAUGGCACUAAAUUCUACUGGUUUUUAAAAAGUAAGAUCAUAGCUUAAGUUGUUCUGUGAGCUCAAUUAACUUGGCUCUGUUUUCGGGGUAUUUCAAAUACACCUUUCAAAAGGAAACCUCUUUAACAAACCCGGGGCUGCAAAAUCUAGUCCUGCACUUUGUCAUCAAAGGAUCAGUGAAGCACCUAGGAUGAAAUUUUCUGCUGUUCAAUCCUUUGAACUGGGGGUGGGGGGGUGCAACCUUCAGCCCAUCUGCCUAAUUUCAAAAGAUUUCUGAAAGCAAUCAUUUUGAACCUCUGAGAAGAGUGAUUUGUCCCUCCCCUUGCAAGCUUAAGAGAGAGAUCACAGCUACGCCAUAUCACAGCUACUUUAAUAUUGAAGG